AUGAAUAAUGAUAAUUAGAAUGCUUAGGUGAUUCUAAAAGCAAAUCUUGCAAAGACCAGAAUUACCAAGAUUCUACAAAAAAAACCGCACUUCCAACUAAAGCUUAAGCUAAAUGCACUCGAAUCAAUCCUGUCCAAUUUUCCUACACAAGAAGAGUCUCCCCCACAAAAAUCAUCGCAAACACUUCAAUCAUCUUCAAUUCUAAAUAAAGCCAAAGAAGUUCUAACCUCUAGAAGGCACAAGAUCAAUUUCGAUUCAGUCUACUUGGAUCUUAAGAAGGAGACCUUCGAGGAAGAUUCCUAUAAUUAAUUGAUUUUUGAUAAUCUUGAUAAAUAUGUCUCUCACGAAGAAGCAGUCUAAUAGAAAGCACCUGCAAUCAUCAAGCAUAAAUCUGAACAGCAAAUAAUUCAUGGGUACCAGAUGCUACCAAAAAUAGCUGUUAGUAAUCAGAUCAAGCGAAAAAAGGAAACGAUGAAGCUGCUUAAUUAACAAUUAAGGAUGGAUUAAUAGUUAGUCAAGUAGUAAACCUUGAGGGAACUGUAACAAAUGAAGUUGCCUGACAUAUUCAAAAGUGUCACGAUUAAUGACUUAAAAUAUCAAGAGAAUAUCCAAAAGUUCAUGUUAUAAGGAGAGUUCUAUUAACAGUGGAAAAAGUCAUUUAAAUUAAACAAACCUCCCUCCUUGGUUCAAUCCUUUAUGAGCAUGAACUAAUAUUUAUUAGACUCAGCUGAUUACUUAGAUAAAGUGAAUAAGAUUGAGAGAAAACAACUAACAGAUCAGAUGGAGUCUUUGAAUGAAUUUUUAGGAAAUCAAUUUGAAAAAUUGAAGCUCAAAACUGACCCAUACUGA